AAAUGUUUUGAAAAGGUAAAAGUGCUCAAAAACAUUAUAUACAGUUUAACUAUCUUUUAUAUGAAUAAACACCCGGAUGUGGGAUACACGUAUCAACAGAUUGCUCUAUUUGUCGCAUGCCAUAAAGUUUUUUAAUUUACCAACCAACAGUCUUACAACAAAACAUUUGAUCUUUUUAAUAACCCUCAUGUUUAAUUACUACAAUAAAUCACAAAAGUAACAAUUUCUAAAUUGAAUCUAUUGGAUAUCAAAUUCUAACGGUCCUUGGGAUUUAACACCGCCCUAUAAAGAUCACAACAUUUUUGCAUUUAAAUUUUUAUGUUUAGGUCGUUUGGAUUUAAUUGAAGUCACAAUUAUUUAUAUUGUUUGAAAAAUAAGUUCUCAUUUAGUCUUUUGUAUUGACGUCAAGUGAUAUAAUGGCGGCAAAUUGGACUCCACUUCCGGCGUAGCAUCAAACAUCAAUAUGGAAAACACUGCAGACGUUAAAACUAACGCAAAGAAACAAGCCGAGAAAAGACUAUCGAAGCCUCACGAGAAAAGAAGCUCUUCGUUAACUGUUGAAUGUCUGAUGGAGUCCGAUGUGAGGAAUAAUAAGCCUUAUAUUGAUGAUGAUUCGGAAACAGUUCUUAACGUAGUAGUAAAAAGACCAAGUUUUGAUAUAACCGGAUCCCAAACAUAUAUAAGAGCUUCUAAAAUGCAACAUGUUGUUCCUUCGUCAAAACUUGCCAAACAGUUAGCCGCAGGACAUACUAUUCUAAACUUGCCAUAUUAUGGAUUAGCAGAGGGAGGCACAAUGGCCUUGUCUAUAGCGAUGUUAGUAAAUACUUCCGUGACGUGCCUGUAUCUUCGAGGGAACAACAUUGGUCAAAAGGGUAUAUCUUAUAUACAGAAAAUGAUGGUCGAAAAUAACAGUAUAACAGAUCUAGAUUUGUCAGAAAACGAAUUAAAAGAAUUUGGCGCCAAAACCAUAGCAACGAUGUUGGAUACCAACCGAUUUAUUCAAAAGAUAGAUAUCUCAGGAAACGAGUUCACUGAUUCGGAUGCACGAGUUUUGUCACGGUCAAUAGAAGUACAUCCAGUUCUUCAGUUUGUCAACUUAAGUCAUAAUUUAUUUAGUGAUUCAUCUAGUCCGGUAUUUGAACAGUUAUUGGAAAAUUGUAAAUUGAAAUACCUUGACAUCAGCUGGAACCAAUUUAGAACUCAUGGUGCUAUGCAUAUUUCAUCUGGAUUAAAGGAGAAUGCGUAUUUAAAAACUUUUAACGUUUCAUGGAACGGAAUUGAUGAUGAUGGAGGGGCUGCCUUUGGGGAUGCAUUGGCUAAUAAUGACUUCCUUAUAGAACUUGAUAUCUCAUCCUGCCGAAUAACUGCGGAAGGAUUUGGUAAACUGAUAUGCGGUUUGAAAUCUAACGAGAGACUAGAAAUCCUUAAGGUUGGUGGAAACUACAUACCAAAAGAAGCAAUAGAAACAGCUUUAGAUUCUUUAGUCACCUUUGAUCCGUCAACAACUAAAAUAAGGAUAAUUGACUUAACAGGUUUACAUUUGCCACGGUCAUUUGUACAGAAAAUGCAUGAAGUACAACAGGUUUUACCUAUGUUAAAAAUAAAACCUGGUUGUGAAGAAAGUGUGAAAGGAUCUCGGACUAGACCAGUCUUAUUGGACGGUGCAACAGAAGGUUUACUUGCCAUAAAACAAUAUUUAGAAGCCAAAAGCAUUUCGGUGUUUAAACUUUUCCGUGAAUUUGACGAUGACAAUAGUGAUUCCAUAGAUUACAACGAAUUUAAGCGAGGCAUUCAGAGAGCUUGCCACAAAACUAAGAGGUUUGUCUGAAAAACUUACAAGAAGUAAAACCGUCAGCUAGCAGAUAAGAGUUUCACCAGAAAAAACAUUAUUGAAGUGCAAUAGUAUUCUAGAAAUACAAUUUGUGUCAUUCAACGAAAUACAUGUACAUGGAGAAAGUGAAGGAUUUUAAUUUUAAUCGGAUAUUUAUUCAACUGUUCCCAUAUUUAUGGAUAUAGCGACAUGAUCCAAAGUAACCUUAGCGUGUCCUUUUUAAAAAUGAGUUCGUACUUAGAAAAAUCGAGAUAAUAGCUUUGUUUCGACCUAAUAGUGACUGGAUGGAUGAUAACACUUCUUCUGACAAAAGACAAUGGAACACAUUUCUUACAUGAAUAGGGUAUUAGGACAACAAUAAGUUGUAAAUGGAUACAUUCGAACUUAUGAGAAGAACAGUAUGAAUAUCAUUAUAGUUGCAUUUGCUUGUUAAAAUAUUCACACCAACCCAUCUGCAUAGGAAAUGGUAACUAUAUGUGGUAGUGAGCUUACAUAUUAAAUUGCUGAUAACUGGGAUUGAUUGUGUCUGUACCAGCUACAGGACUGUAGAACUAUACAUGGCAGACGAAUGUAAUAAAUGUCUUCCGUAAAUUCGUUACGGAGAAAUCUGUUCUAAUGUGAUUGUUUUAUCAUUGGAUCAUUUUUUUGUUUCGAAUCAAACUGUAUUUUAUUGUUAUGUUUAUGCAUUGAACUAUUUAUGUACUGCAUUGUUUAUAAAUUGUAUAAUCAUGGAACUUUAUAUUUUUAUGCAUUAUUAUAAACAUAUAAAAUAAGGA